GUAAACAUAAAGCUCGUGCCACGUGCAUGCUAUGUGUUUGUCAGACGAGUGACGUGGAUAUGUCUGUAUGAGUUUUAGUUGGAAGCUUCAAGAGUUGCUGUCGCUUGGACGACAGAUCUGCUAGCUAAAUGGCUGACCUUGAGCUCAGAGUGUGGGAAUCAGCUGAGAGCACGCUGACGUCUGACGAGAGAUCAUCAACAGGUAGUCUCUCCGUCAGUCACCUGGGCGAGCCAGACUUCCGGCAACUCGAGGACAGCACAUGUGGACAGCACGCUGACCAGCUGUCUGACCAGCUGUUACACCGCUUAGCUGGACGUCAUGACGACUUCCUCUCAACAGUGAUGUCUCGCUACCGGUUCUCCUGUCUGACGGAGCUGCACGAGACGGAAUAUUUGUCAGAACCGGAAAUCAUUCGGGCCACAACGUUCACACCCGUGUGGCCAUGUGAUCUGGUCAGAGAAAGGUGGUUUAAGAUUCGUGUGUACCUCGCACAAAGAUUCAGGUUGCCUUGUUGUCAGGAGUUUACAUGGCCGCAAGAAUGGGCUAGGCGCCGCCCGUUUGAGAUCAGCAAGAAACAUUACCUGUCUCUACCUGACCUGGAGGCCCCAGAGAGGGAGGCUAUCAUCAGAUGGUCAGCUUUGGUCACUAGUCAAGAGUGGCGUCAAGGAAACUGGAAUGACUUGGGCAUCUUGAAACUGAAGGACAGCCGUUUCCUUACUGCCAAGGUCACGUGGAGUGUCAUGGAGGAUCACCUUGCCACGUUGGCCUACAGCGGGAAAAAAUAUUUGGUCUUCCUGGCAACCAGACUGUGCAUGGAGUCUAUCGCCAAAAAUAAAGCAAUGUACACAAGUAGCCAGAUGUACGGGGCUUUUGCUCGCAUUUGUACACAUCUUCUACAGUCAGGCUAUGUGGAGGUGCGGGAAGGGAUGCUACUCUCGAUACAACUCUAUCUCAGGACGCUCAAAGUUUUUCACUCGUGUUUCUCCCACAAAUGUAGUGAGUACGCCUCGGCUGGCCUCUUCCCUAUCCUGCUGGACAUGCUGACCAGCUGCCCACCCCACACACAGGCUGUGGUGCUCAACAUUCUUGUACUCAUGGGCAUGCAUGCCCCUUACCUGGACCUGAUUGCUAAUGUGGGUUCAUUGAGUACAUUUGUCAUGAUGGCGGACACUAGCCACGAGUUGUUGCAAAGGCGGGUCCACUCAUGUCUGGAAAUUCUCUCAAAGCAUGUGCCAGUCCAGCUAAAGUUGGUUGAGCUAGGAAUUCUGCCCUUAGCUGUUCGACAUUUUUCUGUGAUGUACCCAACAUCCAUACAGCUCAACUGUGUGUUUAUAAUAAACAGCUUGUGCACCAGUAGAAAAAAUCUGAUCCAAAUUCUGUCAGUAGACAAUUCCUCGGUGCUUGACUCAGUGAUGAGAGUCUUGUCGGAAUGGACAUCGCUA